UCUGGAGAAAGCUUGUUUCUCUCUUUGUUGUUGUUGUUUACUGCUCUCGCCUGGCCGUGAACCCGGGGUCUUCCUGUGAGGGAGUCCGACGCACUAACCACUAGGCCAAAGUCCCGGAGUUGCCGCGCCAUACGCCAGCAAGUCUCUUAAGGCGUCGACGAGUCAUGUUUACAACCUGCACUCGCAGUGUUGUGUGGUGCGGUCCGCACCAUGUUUUGGUUCCCGAUUUACGGAAAAACCCGGAUAUUUUUUCAGCGCACACAAAAAAACGACAGCUUAAUGGAAAAAAAACAUAUUUUCCGCCACAUUUUGAAAUGCUUUUUUUUACAGUGUAAGUCGGGAGCAGAGCCGCUUUUCCCCUGUUCCACUGAGCCUCUCUGGUCUUUUGACUUAUACUCCGGCAAGGAUGCUUCGGUGACAGACAGAGGGUGAGAGUGUGACAAGAAUUACAUAAUGUGGCAUUGUAUUCCAAUCAGAGGUCCACGAAGAACGACCUCGUGACAGGAGCCAUACCACAGCGAACCGUGCGCCCUGCGCGCUGCGCGCUGCUGCGCUCCUGUGGCGCGGUCACAAGUUCCCAAGCACAGGGAGGGAGGAGAGUGAGACGCUCAGAGGGGAGACCAGAGUCCCACACCGAGGCAGAGUUGACCAUCUGGGAGAUGACCAAUCACCCAUCGCACUCCAACGGCAUGCAGAGCCUGCGGAAGGAGCACCUGUACAAGGUGCUGGUCAUCGGCGACCUCGGCGUCGGGAAGACGUCCGUCAUCCGGCGCUACGUGCACCAGAGCUACUCCAACAACUACCGGGCGACCAUCGGAGUGGACUUCGCCCUGAAGGUGUUGAACUGGGACUCGGAGACCGUGCGCCUCCAGCUGUGGGACAUCGCAGGUCAGGAACGCUUCGGAAACAUGACCCGCGUGUACUACCGCGAAGCCAUGGGGGCCUUCAUAGUGUUCGACGUGACGCGGCCCACCACCUUCGAGGCGGUCAUCAAGUGGAAGGAGGACCUGGACUCCAAGCUGCUGCUGGGCAACGGCCAGAGCAUCGCCACCGUGCUGCUGGCGAACAAGUGCGACCAGGGCCGGGAGUUGACCAGCAACGGCAUCAAGAUGGACCAGUUCUGCAAGGACCACGGCUUCGUCGGCUGGUUCGAGACAUCGGCCAAGGACAACCUCAACAUCAGCGAAGCGGCAAACUUCCUGGUCAAGCACAUCAUGGCCACGGAGAACGACAUCAUGAAGUCCCUGGUGCCAGACACCAUCUCGCCGCAGCUCGACUCCAACAGGCAGACGAGCUGCUCCGGCUGCUUCAAAUGAUCCGGGGACGAGGACGGCGGCGGGACGGUGGCGGGACGGCGGCGGGACGAUGGCGGGACGGUGGCGGGACGAUGGCGGGACGGCGGCGCAGAAAGGGACCUGCACACCUACAACUGCCUUCCAAGGAGAUCUACGUGCCCACGGGACGAGUUUGGCUUCUUCGGUCCAAACCACAGAUGAACAUUUUAGUUUGCUGGAAUUAUUUUAGUGUCCGCAGCUGAACCAGAGCUUGGACUCUGAAGUCGCACGGACUCAGGCGCUGCACUUUUUUACUGAAGAGAGUUUUUUUGGUAAGUCGUCGCGACUGUGUGCGUUGAAGUUUCUGGCCGACAAACAGGCGUAAACCUCGGUUUGGGCCCCGGGGCGGCUCCCUUUGGCACGAUGUAUCGAUUUGUUUGGGGGCGGUUCCUUUUCAGCCGGUUGAGAUUACGCUCCCGUUCUCCCACUCAUCAGCAUUUCACUCCCUGAACAAAAGUAGUAAGUAUUUACAAAGCUUAAAGCUCUGCAGUGAUGGACGGACUAGAAGCAGGAGUCUUAAUCUGACAACUUCCUUCUGUUCUUCGUCUUUUUCAAAAACCCGCCGCCGCCGGGGCCGCCGCCGCGGCCGCCGCCGCCCUGUAACGUUGUUCUGCGAGAGCGAAAACCUAGUGGCAUUGACCAUUUUUUUUUUGUUGAACUUUACACAAACGACGUAGUUGUUUUUUUUUAAAUGAUUAUCUUAAGUUAUUCGCUUGUUCGCUUUGGUGGCUAUAACGCAGGUCGGUGUGUUGUGCUGCGACACGUCGGUCGGAGGCGAUCAGCCCCGCAGAGGGAGGGAGAAGUUUGACACGUCACACACGCGGACAUCCUGGAGCGUUCCCAGGUCAACGAGCCUUUUAUGGCCAGUGGGCGGUUCGGGGUUGUACGUAAUCAAAGGCCCGGCGUGGGAGACGUGCUGUGCUCGCUUGUGCUUCUCUCCAGAGUUUCCUUCGGCUGUGAGCUCUCACCAAAGUGACUCCUUCCACGAGCCGGUGGGUUAUAUUUCUGUAUCGGGGGAAACAUUGUGUCGAUUCUGAACUGGACCCUCUCUCUCUCUCUCUCUCUCGUGAGUUCACUUUUCUAAAGCCAAACCCCUUCGGUAUCCAUGGAAACUAGAUCAAGUCUUUUUUUCUUUUCUUUUUUCUUCUUCAUGGGAAUCGUCCAACAUCUGUUCGGAAAGCUAUUGCUCUAUGUGCAAACACACACGCGCACACACACACACACACACACAAACACCCACACACACCACACACACACACACACACA